AUGAGUAAUUUAUCACCUCCAAAGAGAAGAGCUAGCGUUAGAAUGGUGAUGACCAGAAAAUAGUCAUUUGCAAAUAGGUCACUUUCUAAUUCAAGAUUAGUAAACUACAAACCAACAGAUGAUUCAGUGAUAUCACUUAAAGGAUUUUUUACUAAGAUAGGCAAUAUAACAAGGAAAACAGGAGAAGAAGAGGAGUAUUUCGACUAUAAACUGUUUCAAACUCUGGUGAAUAAGUUAGAUUAAAAUAAAGAGAUCAUGCAAAAUAACUAUAACCUACUUGCAUUAAUGAGUCCAAGGUAGGCUGCUAAAAAACCAACAACAUUCACAAAUGGAAAAGAAGAUGCAAGUGAUCUAAGGCAAAGUUAAGAUUCAAUGACUUAGAUUAAGUAGCAAUCGAUAAAUGAUACUUUGAAAGACUUGUAAAAAUUGUAACACAAGCAGGGAACAAUUAUAUCUAGAAUUGAUGUCAUUGAUAAACUCUAAGUUAGAAUGAUCAAACAAUAAUCUAAAAAACAAUUUGUUGAUGCUUCUACUUAAACAUAUGGAAAUAAUAUUGAGGAAGAUAUCCUAAGAAAAAUAGAGUAAAAAUAUUAAAAAGAACUUAGUUAAAUGGAACUUAUUUUGAUGGGAGAAAGAAAAUUCAGAGAAAAAGAAUUCGCUGGUAAUUUUGAAAGGUAAAUGGAGGCUUUAAAAUUUUAGGUCACUAUUGAAGCCAAUGUGAAAGUAGACCCAUUAAAAUCAGACAAAUUAUCUGAAAAUUUUAAGGAAAAAACUCUAAAAUUUCUAUAAGGGAAUAAAAAUCUUCUCAAUCAUUUGUUCAUUGAUAAGGAUAGGUUACUGAAUAAUGACAUAAAAUAAAUAGAGGGUAUAUUGUAAGAGAAGCCUAACAUUAAUUAAAAAAGUCAAUAUGCACUAAUGAAAUCUACUGGACCUUCUCCAUUAAUUAGCAUAAAUAGAGGAAUAUCUCCUAAUCAAACAAUAGAUAUUCACAAUAAUUCUAGUAAAGAACUUUACAGCAAGCUACCGCCAUUAAAUCCUAAGGUUCUUUUAUAAAAAAAGAUCAAUAAUCCAAAUAGCACUAUAAACAUAGAUUACAAGACUAAUUUAUUCGAUAAUUUCAACAAUAGGAGUUCAAGCUAAAAUGCAAUAGCAAGAAUUAAUCAGUAGUCUCCAAUCUAAAUGGUUACAGAUUUGACUAGGGGAUAGCCGAUAGGUAAAAUGAUAGACUUUAAAAAUCAAUCUUAGCAUAAAAGGGAAAUAAGUCUAACUAAUAUGAUCUCAGAGAGUAAGUUAUCUAUUCAAAUAGCAUCUAAAGUAUUGAACUACUCACCAGAAAAUUAGAGUCAAAAUCAUUCACCUCGAGCAGUUGGAACAAGAUCUAACAAUUAGAAGUAAAAGCAAAUAAAUGUCUUACAAAUGAGUGAUACGUUACUUAAUGAUAAAGGAAUAAAACUAAAAAUUGAUGUAGUGAGGGUAAAUGAAAACUUAUUCUCAAUAAACAUGGAUAAGCAUCUUACAAGACAGCUUAAUAUAGACUAAGUCCAAUAUUAUACGAAAUUCAGACGCAUGAUGAUACAAUUUGAAGAGUUCCAAUCAGCAAGUUUUAAUCUAGAUGAUAUUUUCUUGAAUGAAAUAGAAUUUUUAAAGACAAAAGCUUAAGAGCAACUAAAAUUCAGAGAAGUAUUUGAAAUUCUCAAACUACUCUCUAAAAAUAUAGACUCCCUCUUCGAAAUUUAUGUAUCUUUCAAUCUCCUUUAAAUGACUAAAAUUACUGAGGUUAAUAAAAUGAGACUCUACAACUUCAUAAAAAUAUUCUAAAGCAUCCUUGGAUUUACAGAGACACCUAAAUUUGGAAAAGAUCAUCUAACUGUUGAAUUCUACAACUCAGCAAGACUUUAUGCUAAAGAUAUGCCUGGUAACAUUUCCUUAUCUUAACCUACUAGAGUUUAUAUAGAAGGAAGUCAAUAGUUAGAGUAAUUCACUGUAAAUAUAGAACCGUUCUAAAUGAUCAAGAAUAUUUGUCGGAUAAAAGAUGAACUAUCAAGCAAGGAUUAUUAGGAUGUGCUUGAUAAUUACCGAGUCAAAACUAAGUAGCUUUUCAAUAAAUUGAUUUCAGAGCAACUUGAUAAGAACUCUCAAACUCUUUCAUUCAUUAGUAACUAUAUAUCUCUAAUAAUUAUAGAAAUUCUGAGAUUCUUUACUUCAGCUAGAGUUUUUAAAGACAAAGUAAAUAUUCUUAAGCCAGGAAUGACAUUGAAAUAACUUGAAAAUACCUAAGUAGGAAAGAAAAAUAGUGUAUAAGGUUCAGGGGAAAAGAACAUCAAUUUUUCAGAUACACAUUAUAAUUAUAGGAAUCAUGGCAUAACUCCACCAAGAACUAGAAUAUCAUUUGAAAUGGACAAAGUAUCUGGUUCUUCAGUUAGAAUGGGCUCUAGUCCAGUCCGAAGUGAUGUUCCUACAAGUACAAAUAAAUAAUAAAAAUACACAAAAUUUUAAUUUACGAAAGAAUCGUAAGGUACUUCCAAGAAUCUACUGAAGUCAGCUUAAUAAAAUGCCUAACACUUCAAAAGCCAUGAUUAUGGAGAUGAAUAAAAUGAAGAUGCAUUUCCAUAACCAUCCUUUCAAAGUAUGACUAAAGUUUUCAGAUGGGUAAAUAGAGUGAAAAAGAGAAUAGAAGAUAGACAUAAUUUGAUUGUUGAUAAUGUUAGAGUGUAAGAGCAUAAAUUUGAGUUUAAAGAAAUGUGCGAGAUUAUUUUAACGUCCUUGGAUAAUAAGGCUCUAUUUUUAAAAGAUGGAAGGCUGGAAACAAUUGAGGAGGAUGAUUUGACUAUGAGUUUUGACGAGUUUUGCAAUUCACUACUUAUUAUUGGCCAUUUGUAUCAUAAAAAGCUGGCUCUUUAUCAAGAAUUUACUUUAAAAGAAUCAAUUGAUGAUUUUUUCCAUCAUCUUCUUAACAGAUUCGGAAUAGAUUCAAAUCCAUUAUAUAGAAAGAGACUUGAGAAACUAAUGAAGCUUAAUUUUAUUGGCAAUUAUUCUGAGAGUGUAAAGACUUCAAUUGGAAGUAAAGAUGAUAUUCCUGGCUCAAUUAAAGAGAAAAAGAUUGGGGAAACAGGUGUUGAAGAAAAGGAAACUUUUGGCUAGAUUUUGAAGAGACUUAAGGCUGAAAAACUAAAGCAACAUCAAGAUUAAACAAAAGAAUGA